AUGGCUUCGACACACCUGUAUUACCCUUCACUGACUCUUGCCCGUUUGCGAUAUCACAGUGGUCUGCGCUCUGUGAAUCCGGUCAAAGCAAAUUGCUACACAUCAGGUUUGAUCUCAAUUGGUCUCACUAGAAAAUUGUGCUUUAGUUUCAAGUGUGAUGGUAGAGCUAGAGCUGCACUGGUAUUUGGAGAGGGUGAUCCUAGACCCAAUAUAAAUGCAGGACAAAGAUUCUUUAUUAAUGAACGGGCAGACCCACUGACUGGGAUUGAGAGACAACCUGAUGCAAUAGCUUUUGGAACACAUGCAGCAGAAAUAACUCCACCUACUGGCUUUUCUAACUCUGACGAUGAAUUUGACUUGGAUCAUCCUACGGAAGGGUUCUCUUCCAUCAUGGAGGCCAUUGGAGACAUUCGCCAAGGCAAGAUGGUAAUUGUUGUAGAUGAUGAAGACAGAGAAAAUGAGGGGGAUUUAAUAAUGGCAGCAUCAUUGGUGACCCCGGAAGAUAUGGCCUUUAUUGUAAGGUAUGGAACUGGAAUAGUGUGCGUGAGCAUGAGAGGAGAAGACUUAGAGAGAUUGCAACUUCCAUUGAUGGUAUUGCAGAAGGAGAAUGAGGAGAAACUUUGUACGGCGUUCACAGUCUCAGUGGAUGCAAAGUAUGGUACAACAACAGGGGUCUCAGCUCGUGACAGGGCACAGACAAUAUUGGCUCUUGCAUCUAGAGAUUCAAAACCAGGGGAUUUUAACCGCCCAGGUCAUAUUUUUCCUCUGAAGUACAGGGAAGGAGGAGUCUUAAAAAGAGCUGGACAUACGGAAGCUUCUGUAGAUCUUGCUGUAUUGGCCGGCUUUGACCCUGUUGCAGUUCUAUGCGAGAUUGUGGAUGAUGAUGGUUCCAUGGCUAGAUUACCAAAGCUCCGUCAAUUUGCACAGGCGGAGAACUUGAAGAUAAUCUCUAUUGCUGAUUUGAUCAGGUAUAGAAGGAAAAGAGAUAAACUAGUAGAGAAAGCUUCUGCUGCACCAAUACCAACAAUGUGGGGUCCUUUCAAUGCAUACUGCUAUAAAUCUGUAUUGGAUGGGAUGGAGCAUAUUGCUAUGGUCAAAGGGGAAAUAGGAGAUGGCCAAGAUAUUCUUGUAAGGGUACAUUCGGAGUGCCUCACUGGUGACAUAUUUGGGUCAGCUAGAUGUGACUGUGGUAAUCAGCUGGCACUUGCAAUGCAGCAAAUUGAGGCAGCUGGCAGGGGUGUGUUGGUAUAUCUCCGUGGACACGAGGGAAGGGGAAUUGGUUUGGGUCACAAGCUUCGUGCUUACAACCUGCAAGAUGAUGGACGUGACACAGUUGAAGCCAAUGAGGAGCUGGGAUUACCUGUUGAUUCCCGAGAGUAUGGCAUUGGUGCACAGAUAUGGAACAUAGCUCAACUUGAUUCGUCCAAGGACUCUCCAUAUUCAUUACAGUUGCCUAUGUUCUAG